CUCCUCUCUCCUUUGUCUCUUUCUGCUCUUCUUCCCAGUUGGGGUUUAGUUUGUGUCUCCCUGUUGACCAAUCUAGAUCUCCAGGUGUUGGUGAGGACCUCUAGGGGGGGGGCCUGAGGUCUGUCCUGGGGUGACUCCUGGCUCUUGUCUCUGACCCUAGCCCUAGGUCUCCAGGUCUUAGCUUCUCUCUGAAGGAUCCCUGGUGGCACAGUGUUUAAAGCACUCAGGCACGCCCGGGGUCUGGGACCUGCCACAAUGGGGGACAUGAAGACCCCCGAUUUCGACGACCUCCUUGCUGCCUUUGACAUUCCUGACAUCGAUGCCAACGAAGCCAUUCAUUCUGGGCCAGAAGAGAACGAGGGACCAGGAGGCCCAGGGAAGCCAGAACACAGUGUGGGGGCUGCACCUGCAGAAGCUUCAGCAGUAGCUGCCGGGGAUGGCCCAGGGGCUCCCGCCCAGAUUUCGGACCAUACCCUGCCGCCGCCGGACAUCUCGGCUGUCAGCGUCAUUGUCAAGAACACUGUGUGUCCCGAGCAGCCUGAGAACCUGGCUGGGGCUUCAGGAGGGGAAGGGGCCCGGCCUGGGGGGGUGACGAAAGAAGGGCCUGUGGGUCCCCGCCUGAUGCAAAAUGGCUUUGGGAGCCCUGAGCCAUCCCUCCCGGGGAUGCCCCGCUCUCCAGCUCCUCCCAGCGGGGGUUCCUGGAAAGAAAAGGCCAUGGAAGGCAAAGCCCCCUUGGACCUCUUUGCUCAUUUUGGGCCUGAGCCAGGGGAUCACCCCGACCCACUACCUCCCUCAGCGCCCUCCCCACCUCGAGAGGGGGCCAUGACCCCACCUCCUUUCCCUUCUCCCUUUGAGCUGGCCCAGGAGAAUGGCCCCACUCUGCUGCCACCGGGGUCUCCCCCACUGCUGGGGACCCUGAAACAGGAGAGCUGUAGCCCCCUUCACUCCCAGGGCGUCCCUUGCCGAGGCUCAGGCUCCGGCCCCGAGGCCCCAAGCGUGCCUGCCAGCGCCUUGCCACCCCGCGUGGCUGGGGUGCCCUUCUUCAAGCAGUCUCCUGGACACCAGAGCCCGCUUGCCUCCCCCGAAGUGCCCAUCUGCCCACGUAUAAAGGAAGAGGAGGAGGAGGACGAGGGACCCGUGGACAAGACUCCCCCAGGAACCCCCCAGAGCCCCUCUAGCGGCGCUGAGGCUGCAGAUGAGGACAGCAAUGACUCACCUGCCUCAUCCAGCUCCUCUCGGCCCCUCAAGGUGCGCAUCAAGACCAUUAAAACAUCUUGUGGGAACAUCACGAGGACUGUGACCCGAGUCCCCUCAGAUCCCGCCCCUCCUGCCCCUUCAGUGGAGGGAGCCUUCCUGCCCGAGGCUAGCCUCCUAAAACUGUCCCCUACGCCCCCAAACCCCGAAGGCCCCAAGGUGGUGAGUGUCCAGCUGGGUGAUGGCACGAGGCUAAAGGGCACCGUGCUGCCCGUGGCCACCAUCCAGAAUGCCAGCACCGCCAUGCUGAUGGCAGCCAGCGUGGCCCGCAAAGCCGUGGUUCUGCCCGGGGGUACCGCUGCUAGUCCCAAGAGCAUGGCUAAGAACGUGCUAGGCCUGGUGCCCCAAGCCCUGCCCAAGGCUGAUGGGCGAGCUGUGCUGGGGCCGGCAGGCCAGAAGGUGAAUGGGGCCUCUGUGGUGAUGGUGCAGCCUUCAAAGCCUGCCGGGGGGCCGGGGGCUGGGGGCGGCACUGUCAUCUCCCGGACUCAGUCCAGCCUGGUGGAGGCCUUCAACAAGAUCCUCAACAGCAAGAACCUGCUGCCGGCCUACCGUCCCAAUCUGAGCCCCCCGGCUGAGGCGGGCCUGGCCCUGCCGCCCACCGGCUACCGCUGCCUGGAGUGUGGGGACGCUUUCUCCCUGGAGAAGAGCCUGGCCCGCCACUACGAUCGCCGGAGCAUGCGCAUCGAGGUCACCUGCAACCACUGUGCCCGCCGCCUGGUCUUCUUCAACAAGUGCAGCCUGCUGCUGCACGCACGUGAGCACAAGGAUAAGGGGCUCGUUAUGCAGUGCUCGCACUUGGUCAUGCGGCCCGUGGCCCUGGACCAGAUGGUGGGGCAGCCGGACAUCACGCCCCUGCUGCCGGUGGCUGUCCCACCUCUUCCCGGACCUCCCGCCCUGCCUGCCCUGGGCAAAGGGGAAGGCGCUGUCACCUCCUCCACCAUCGCGACAGUGGCUGCUGAGGCCCCUGUGCUGCCGCUGAGCACGGAGCCGCCCGCCGCUCCCGCCCCCUCUGCGUACACGUGCUUCCGCUGCCUGGAGUGCAAGGAGCAGUGCCGGGACAAGGCAGGCAUGGCGGCCCACUUCCAGCAGCUUGGGCCCCCCACGGCCACCAACAAUGUGAGCACGACCUGCCCCAUGAUGCUCCCCAACCGCUGCAGCUUCAGUGCCCAUCAGCGCAUGCAUAAGAAUCGGCCUCCCCAUGUCUGUCCCGAGUGUGGCGCCAACUUCCUGCAGGCCAAUUUCCAGACCCAUCUCCGAGAGGCCUGCCUGCACUUCUCUCGCCGAGUAGGAUACAGGUGCCCCAGCUGUUCGGUGGUUUUCGGGGGUGUGAACUCCAUCAAGUCCCACAUCCAGACGUCGCACUGCGAGGUUUUCCACAAGUGCCCCAUCUGCCCCAUGGCCUUCAAGUCUGCACCCAGUGCCCAUGCCCACCUCUACACCCAGCACCCUAGCUUCCACACGCAGCAGGCCAAGCUCAUCUACAAGUGCGCCAUGUGUGAUACCGUCUUCACGCACAAGCCCCUCCUCUCCUCACACUUCGACCAGCACUUGCUGCCCCAGCGGGUCAGCGUCUUUAAGUGCCCAUCCUGCCCCCUGCUCUUUGCCCAGAAAAGGACCAUGCUGGAGCAUCUCAAGAACACCCAUCAGUCUGGACGCGUGGGUGAGGAGACUGCUGGGAAAGGCGCCGGGGGUGCCCUUCUGACUCCUAAGACUGAGCCUGAGGAGCUGGCUGUGUCCCGGGGAGAGGCAGCCCCUGCCACGGAGGAGUCGUCGUCAUCAGAAGAAGAAGAGGAAGUGCCCAGCUCACCGGAGCCUCCUCGCCAAGCCAAGCGGCCACGGCGGGAACUAGGGAACAAAGGCAUGAAGGGCGGGGGCGGGGGGCCCGGAGGCUGGACCUGUGGCCUUUGUCACUCCUGGUUCCCCGAACGGGACGAGUACGUGGCUCACAUGAAGAAGGAGCACGGCAAGUCGGUGAAAAAGUUCCCGUGUCGCCUGUGUGAGCGUUCCUUCUGCUCCGCCCCCAGCCUGCGGCGCCACGUCAGGGUCAAUCACGAGGGUAUCAAGCGGGUGUACCCAUGCAGGUAUUGCACAGAAGGGAAACGCACCUUUAGCAGCCGCCUCAUCCUGGAGAAGCACGUCCAGGUCCGGCAUGGCUUGCAGCUGGGGGCCCAGUCCCCUGGCCGGGGGGGCGCCCUGGUUCGGGGCCCUGGGGCCAGAGCCCAGGGGGCAGGACGGAAACGGCGGCAGUCGUCGGAUUCUUGCAGUGAGGAGCCCGACAGCACAACGCCGCCAGCCAAAUCUCCCCGAGGCGGCCCCGGCUCGGGGGGCCAUGGCCCCCUGCGCUAUCGGAGCAGCGCCCCAGCGGAGCAGAGCCUUGUGGGCUUUCGGGUGGACGGUGGCACCCAGCAGUGCCUCGACUGCGGCCUGUGCUUCGCCUCCCCAGGCUCCCUGAGCAGGCACCGCUUCAUCAGCCAUAAGAAGCGGCGGGGAGUGGGCAGUGCCGGUGCCCUGGGGCUGGGGGACGGGGAGGAAGAGGUCUCCCACCCCAGGUCCGACGCGGAGGGCGGAGAUUCACCUUUGCCCACCUCAGGAGGCCCACUGACCUGUAAAGUCUGUGGCAAGAGCUGCGACAGCCCUCUCAACCUCAAGACCCAUUUCCGCACGCAUGGCAUGGCCUUCAUCAGGGCGCGGCAGGGGGGCAGCGGGGACAACUAGAGCCCAGGCUGGGACUGGCCAGGGCUGACCCUCUCACCCCGGAACCUGGGUUCCACUGCCGCCUGAUCCCCGGGCUGGGUAGCUGCAUUAAGAUUCACAUUCUGUUUGGCUCCUCCCUUCCUGCACCGCCCCCCCCCCCCAA